CCGUCCUGAGGGGCGCCGGUGCCCCGCAACCCCCGCAGCCCGCCCGGCGCCGGGGAGGGGGGAGCGCCUCGGCGGGGCCGGGGGUGGCCGGCCGGGGAAGAGGGACAGCCCUGCGGGCUCCGGGUUGACUCCUGGGAGCGGCUGCCGUGAAUGGUAAUUGGAUCCUACAGUUAAGAGGACUCUAAACCGUGAAUUUUAGGCACACUAUGUUGUUCGUAUCGUGGCCUGACUGAAGUUUCUAAGGAAUUGCAAUAAUGCUGCUGCAUUUCUGGGGUUUGAAGUGGCUGUGUGGUCUCCRUCACUAGCAGGACUCCAGCAGAUCCUCUUCUCCCAGAAACAGAACAUAUAUGAGGUGCUUUUCCUGCCCCUGGUCCCUCUCCUGAGACCUAAGUGCUCCAAGUGAGAUCAACGGAGGAACAUGUUCACUUCUCCCUUCUGGCAACAACAGUAUGCUUCCAAAGGAGAAAUCUGAAUGUUCUUGGAAAGUGAGCUCUAUGGGAUGGAACAUGAGGCUACCCAGCUAGAAAAGCAGCACGUGCACAGUGUGUAUGAAAACACAGCUGCCUACUUUAGUGAUCUGCAGACCAAAGCAUGGCCUCGUGUUCGGAACUUCCUGCUGGAGCAAAAGCCUGGAAGUCUCGUUGUUGACAUAGGUUGUGGAACUGGAAAGUAUCUCAGUGUCAACWGUCAAGUGUAUAAUCUGGGCUGUGAUUACUGUGAAGCACUGGUAGAGAUUGCAAGGAAGAAAGGUGAUGAAGUUCUGGUGUGUGACAACCUUAACCUUCCCUUUAGGGAUCAGUGCUUCAAUGCAGUCAUUUCAGUUGGAGUGAUACAUCAUUUCUCAACUAAGCAAAGAAGAAUCAAAGCAAUACAGGAAAUGGCAAGGGUAUUGAUACCUGGAGGUCAGAUAAUGAUUUAUGUUUGGGCUAUGGAGCAAAAGAAUCGUCGCUUUGAGAAACAAGAYGUGUUUGUUCCAUGGAACAAGGCCUUGUGCUCACGCCAUUUUUCAGAAUCAAAUCAGUCUGGAGAUAAGGGUGAGUUUGUGCCUGCUGCAAAAGGCCAAGACAUGCACCCUGCACAGCUUGUGAUCUCUGAGUGCAGCUACCAAACCAAUCUGCAGCCAGAAACUGAUUCCAAACAGUCCCUCAAUGUGGGCCAUUGCUUACCCAGAGCCUGCUGCAUGAAAAUUUCUGAAGAAGAAAACAGAUUUUACAGUGCUCUAGGAAGAUCUUUCCGCUCAUGGUUUUUCUCUAGAUCMCUUGAUGAAUCAGCCCUGAGAAAGCAAAAUGACAAAAUGAAGCAYCUGAAACACAACGGAGUGUGGGCAAACAGUACCGUACCCAUUGAGCAUUCGCGACACUGCAGUUUGGAUUUGGGUCACCAUGGGACACUGUUAAAUGAACAAAGUUUAGAUGAUGAUGAUGUGUUCGUGGAAAGCCUGUCUCUCAAAAAACCAGAGUGGUCUCCUGCCACAGAUGCACUGAAGGAUUUAAGUUUAAAUGGAGGACCCCAAAGUGUGGCUCAGAGCAGGGGCGACAAAGCUUCAUUUCUGAAUGGCCCAGUGGAAGACAGGGACUGCAUCUGUGGCUGUAGUAAAGAUGGUGCUGGUAAGUCUGAUGCCAGCAAGAUUUUCAAAAGAACUUCAACAACUGACUCCACUGACUCGGCUUUGGAUUCAGCAGUGUCUGUUGGGGACCAAACUGAUGCCAUGUUGGAUACAAAAGCCUUCAUGCGUUACUACCAUGUUUUUCGGGAAGGGGAGCUGUGUUCUUUGGUAGCAGAGAAUGUGCCUGAGCUUCAGAUACUUUCUUCCUGCUAUGACCAUGGAAACUGGUGCAUUAUUGCAGAGAGAAGAAGAACAUAGCAGUGAAGAGAACAAAGCAGAAUCCGGUGACUGAUGAUUUUAAGCUGUUCAUUGUGUUACUGUGAUUGUGCAGUGUGACAUGGAAUUUAAAUCUUGUAGUUGUGUGCCAUUCAUCUUUGAGUUACUUUCUCUCAACUAUUUAACUAGCUAAUGCAAUGCCUGUAUAUAGGAAUGUAAGCAGUAGGCAAUAUUUAUGUUUUGUUAAACUUUUACGAAGUUAAUACUGUAGAAUUUUAUAUUGCUUUUAGGAAAUAAUUGUGUUUUAAAAKGUACUUUUCUAUUGAGAAAUAAAACCUUUUUUAUAAGACAAGGAUCAGGGCAUAUUUUAUGAGAAAUAACCUCUCAGCAGAAAGUCUUGUCYUUAUUCUUCAGAUGCUAAAAGUGUGUCACAUUGCUCCGUGUUCUUGAAGUCCUAUAAAUGAGACACAGGCACUAUGUCUACAAUUGACUGUACUUGACUGUCCCCUGGUAGAGUGCAUGCUGCAGAACUGCAAGCAUGGUCCCAGUGCUACUUAGURGGGAGUAGAGUUGUUAAUAGGCAAAAACUAUGUACCAAACAAGCUCAGCAUAUUCUGUCAUUCAGUGUUUGAAUUUGGGAGCAAAUGACAGCGCAGAUUUUUGACAUUUUUUACUUUUGUUUUAAAAAUAAUUUAAUUAUUUUCUCAGGUGUGGGUGAAGUUCUAURUGUUACCUCUCACAAAUACUUUAAUUUCCUUUGCUGUAGUUUCUCAUUGGUUAUGAGUAUAUAAAAGUCGGAGGGAUCUGCACAGAGUUACUCCAUUCCUAGGCUUAAUUCAUAGUCASUGUGUGCAGGGCACAUCUUCAGCUGGUGUGAUUUUGUGACCUUUAAAGGAGCUGCUCAGAUUCACACCCCUUCCUCCCCCCCCAAAAAAAAAAAAAAAAAAAAAAAAAAAGAAAAAGAGUCCUGAAACCCUUUUUGUUGCAGCAGUUUUAGAGAUCUACAUAAUUGUCUGCCCUGUUAUUGAGCUAGUAGCUUUUGGGUUUGUUCAGUGGAAGAGAGGCCCUGAUGGGGCUGAGUAUUUUUUGAAGUGGCUUCCCAGCUGUUAAUUGCCACAUGGUAAUGUAUUAUAGAUUUAUUUACUGGAACAAUGUCCAYGAGCAAUCAUUUUUGUCUUCCUCAUAGCUUGGGAUCCUUGUACUUGAUCCUUCCUGGGUCUGUACCACUURCACUCCUCAUGGGCCUUUGAAAAGUGUGGCCAAAGAACCAUACGUUUUCUGAAAUGUUAUUCCCCUCUAAAUGUUACUUUCAGUGCAGCCUGGGGCAGUGGAUUUCAGUUGCUGUGUGUGAGCCAUACUUCAGAAAAUGGGCARUAUUCCCUACCUGGCUGGGUGCAGCUGCUCCUGGCUGAAGGGGCUGCACCUGCUGCAUCCUCAGGCUCCAGAUUUAGACAAUUAGUGCCAAAGUACCCAUAUUGCAGAGCCAGCAUGGAUUGCACUGAGCUCCACACCGUAUUUACAAUGUGCUUGUGUCAGACAGGGGAGGCCUGCCUCUUCUGUUGGGAAUUUCUGGACGAGCUUGUGAAUUGUAGAAGACAGCUGCUUCCAGAUAAAGUAUGCCAGUGGAUAKUCAGCACUCCYGGAUUCUGGGCUGYAUUUAAGAAAAAGGUAGAUUAUUARCAUYCUAUAUCUAAUUCUGAAACUUCUUCCCCAAAUGCCAGCAUGCAGAAACUUAGAUACAAUAAUAUUUAGUAAGUAUUAUAUAUCUUAACUGACAGAUGGGUUUAUUUAAUUGGGAGAAAGAACACCACAAUUUUGUUAUCUGCACUUCUGCAGUCUGACUGUGGCUUGUUCGGUGUGUAGUUAAGGAGACUGAUGAAAUUUGGGGUAUGCUGAGAAAGGUAAGUUUCCAUUCUCUUUAGGCUUACUAUCCUUGCAAGAGACUGAGUCUGUGCCAGACUCUAGUGAAAAAUUCUCUAUCUGCUGUUAGAAUAAAAGCUGUCACCUCAAAGCUACUAAAGCACUUUAAAUCACUUUUGUGUUUGUAGACUUCCCAUGCAUUGUUUGGUUUGAGGUUCUUGCCUGUGGAUGCUUUUCACAAAUACUUAUUUCUGUAUUUAAUUUUCUCUUCGUUUCAGUUGAUGCUAAGUUUGUAUUGUACUCUUAUAAAUUCCUGGGAGAAGGAGAGGGGAGGUUUGGUGAGUGGCUUUUUGUUUUUCCUUCCCAAAAUACUGUUUUCCUCUGAGGAAGUACCAUUGCCAUGUAACAUAAUCUUUAUGGACUGGGGUCAGUCAGCUGAGGUCAUGACUGUGAGGUCUGCACAGCAAACCUCUGUUCUUGUGGGCAGUCUCCCAUCUAUUUCUGGAGGCUGCCUAGAUCUGUAACAGCUUUAUCAUGUUGUAAGCCAUAUUACCUCACUCAGAGCAUGAUGAAGGUCUCUCCUGACUGGUUUCUCUUUUGAGGCAGCCUGGCCUAAGCAAAAGGURAUUUCCAGCAGAAUCCAUGUGAUCAAAGACUUUAAUGGCUUACAGGCAAAGUUCAUGUGCUCAGAGUGGUGGAUAUACCUUUGAAAAAUAUAACAAAUGAAUUAAUAAGUAAAUAAAACCCAAUUGUCCUCUGAAUGUUUAAACUUUCAGCAAUAUCCUGACUGAGAUCUGACUGCUAGAAAAUAAAAGGCAGAUGUGCUUUUACAUUGCUUAUCUGAUGAGUGGGCAAUAAUCUCAUCUCUAUWUUGCUGAUAACAAACCUGCUUCUGACUUUAGUGAGCUAUGAUGGCCUCUAAGCUCUUAUGUGGCACUUAGUGGCACRUGGAGAAGUUUUGAUGACAUGAGAAAAAUGUCCUUUGUAAUUUUUACAAAAUUAAUUGAGGUGGAAUUUCCUGUGCAUUAGUUUCUGUCCAUURCCUCUUGUCCUAAUGCUUGRCACCACAACUGCAAUAAAAAWUACRUUGAACAGACUUGUUUUUGCRGGACUAAUACAGUUGUAAUAUUUGGUAAAUAUUUUUAUUAGAAGUGAACWAGUGUUUUUAGUAGAAGUCAACAAGUGUCAUUUUUUUUUGUACUAACAGUGGCAAAUUUAUUUUCUUUGAAGCUCAUUGUAUAGGUAUUUUAAAAUCACAGUUGAAAAACGAAAGCUAAAACAUUCUAGCAGACUUUUUUCUUAUUUUUAUAAGAAAAAUUGGUACUUGUUUUUAUACAGAUUGCUUAUGAGCCUAGCUCAAAAUGCUGAGUGAAGAGUUGUGUAUGUUCCACCAACAACAUAUUGAUGUGAACUGGGUAGGUUCUGAAUAGAAAUAAUAGUUCUGAUUCUGCAUCCUCUCUGCUGCAUCAUUUCUCCAUCAGAUUGCAUUCCUGUCACUGUUGGGCUGUAUUAGUAUUCCAGGAAAAGUAAGUAAUAUA